AUGAAAGAUACCGGUACAGAAUACCCUGAACCCUUCUUUGAACUCGAGACCUCUGAGCCCUGGAAACGGUACACUCUAGGUGCGCUGCAAGCCGCCUCCCUCGCGCCCUUCACGCUGCUGCUCGUACUAUGGAACAUGGGGAGAGCAAUAUGCGGGCGACCGACAAUCCUUCUCCUGGUUAUCAAUGGCAACGAGAGGCGUGGUGGGGCGGAGCCUCCUGGUCGGCUUAGGUAUGCGGGCGACUUACAGUCCCUCUCCUGGUUCUCCAUGGCAGCGGGCGGCGUGGUGGGAAGUCUCCUAGGCGGCCCGGCUUUGAAGACGCUGCAGCCACACGGCAUUUCGCAUGGCAACCGCAUGAAUGGUGGCAGUGAGAGUGAGGAGAGCGGCGAGCUGAGGGAGUGGGAGCAGGUGGUACCAGAGCAGGUGGUACCAGAGUAUCAAGAGGAGGAGGAGAGUGUGGAGGGCAAAGGGAAGGAAAGGGGCAGUGAUAUAUUAGGACCCUCUGGGGGUGAUUCUAAUGACAAGUAUCAAGAAGCUAUAGUGGCGAGGAAGAAGGAUGGAGAACAAGAAAGAGGUGGGGGCGAGGAGGGUGGAAAAAAGGAGGAGGGUGGGGGCGAGAAGAGUGCAGCAAGAGAGCAGAGCAUUGGGUUGAGACAACGGAGAGGCAGAGAGGGGGGUGACAGGGAAGGAGGGAAGGGAAAUGCAGUUGAGACUGGAAGGGCGGAAGGAGCAGAGGAGGCGAGGAAGAGGAGAAGUGAGGAGAGAAGUAGAAGGAAGGCAGUAGGGGGGUUGGGGAGGGAGGUGCUCAAUCUGGUGAUGGUUCUGUGGCAUGCUGUCAUGUCUCCAGAGAUCUUAUGGCCCAUGGCAUGGUUCAUGAUAUCAUGUACAGUCGUGCCUACCAUAACGUCCUCCCGCUUCUACUUCCACACCAACCGUCUGCACCUCGACAUCUCCUUUCUUGGCUCCACUAAGGUCAUUGGCUAG